UGGUUCCGUUAGCAUUUCUGACAGUAAUGGUUCCGUUAGCAUUUCCGGCAGUAAUGGUUCCGUUAGCAUUUCCGGCAGUAAUGGUUCCGUUAGCAUUUAUUUGCAGCUCGUUAAGGUAGCAUCACCUGUUAGCUUCGUUGGUUCUGCUGGUAUAAAUGGCUCAAAGUGUUGUGGAGAAAUGUCCAGGGUCCAGAUUAGGUCCUCGUUGUGUUUCCGCUCCGGCUCGCACUGCGCUCUCCUUUCUUUCAUGAGGGAAAUUAUCCAGAUUCGCCUAAAUUUUUAUAAUUAUUAUUUUUUAUCACAGCCGAUAGCAACACAGUAUGGCAUGAUCUAAAAUGACACCAGUCGGGAACACAAUAUGAUCAACUACUGGGGUAAAGUUAGCCUUCCUGUUUACUCUGUAGAUUUCAGUACAGCCGUGAAGAAAUGGCGACCUCCAUUUGUGAAAAAUACAACAAAAGAUUAGCAUUUUUUAAGUAAUUAUGAGUUUUGGCGUAAUACAAACAGCACGUUUCUAGUUAAUAGGAAAACUAACAGCAUAUUUAGGCCAACAUGUUCAACUAGUCCUGGAUCCUUUUAAAGUUUAGGAAAGUGAGACUUAAAAAUGGUGCAGAAGCAAUGUUUUUACACCUCAAGAGCUGAAAUGUAAUAUACUUACAUCUUUUAAAUUACAUUAAAUACUUUUGCAAUAAAGUAUGAAAUGUAAUGAUGGUUUGGCAUGGAGACAGGAAGCGUCAUUAGUUCCCAGUUUUCCCUCUGUGUCCCUGCAGGCUGCGACUCCGGCUUUGGGAAUGCUGCAGCGAAGCAUCUGGACUCUCUGGGUCUGGACGUUUUCGCCACCGUUCUGGACCUGACGGGAGACGGAGCCAGAGCUCUGCGGAGAAGCUGCUCGUCCCGCCUCACCCUCUUGCAGGUGGACAUCACGCAGCCGCAGCAGGUGCAGCAGGCGCUGCUGGACACCAAGGCCAAGCUGGGCCUCCGAGGUCUGUGGGGUUUGGUCAACAACGCAGGAGUGUGUGUGAACUUGGGAGACGCAGAGCUGUCCCUGAUGUCCAACUUCAGAGGCUGCAUGGAAGUCAACUUCUUUGGCACGGUGAGCGUCACCAAGAGCUUCCUGCCGCUGCUGCGACAGGYCAAAGGUCGCAUCGUCAACAUCUCCAGCCCAGCCGGUGACCAGCCGUUCCCCUGCCUGGCGGCGUACGGAGCCUCCAAGGCGGCGCUGAACCUGUUCACUGAAACCCUGAGGCAUGAGCUGGUUCCCUGGGGGGUCAAAGUCAGCACCAUCCUGCCGUCCUCAUAUAAGACA